AUGGCGAUGGAGAACCGAUUGGCGACGCGCCGUGAGGGUGCAGCCCCUGGCUCGAACCUCCCGCGCGUAGGCGGCGUGGCUGAGGAUAACGACAACGAAGACGAGAAGGUGUACUACGGAUUCGGCGUGUUCAUGGGGCUGCCGCUGUCUGAUCUCAAGGCCAUGAAGGACGACUUUGUGGAGCAGCAGGCGCUGACAGGCGGUGCCCCGCGGCGCACUCUUCCCUCCUCGGACGGACGCACUCAUCGCGUGGAGGACGACAACAAUGGGGAGGAUGUUCGCAUGGCGCCGCCCAAUGCGCAGCAACAGCAGCAGCAGCGCACGAACGGCUUCAAUGGUCAGCGCGGCGAGGGCCAGCCCCGCGAGUAUGCGGGUGAACGUGCGAGGUAUGGCCACGAAGCACCUGAUGCUGAGAUGGAGGAGGAUGCAGACAGCGACGACGAGUUUGACCAGAAGUCGCACUCCCUCAACUUUAUCCUGCACUGA